CCGUCCACCACAACUGAGAACUUGACAUGCAAUCAACACGGACACAUUAUCGCCACACAGGCACAUAAGGGUCUGAACCGCUUCAAUCAUCAACCUGCUGUCUUCAUGACAACCCCUCCACUAGUGUCACCUUUUACCGGGCAGCCAACGCCUCAGCAACAGCAACAGCAACAGCAGGCCCAGGCAGCCCGUGAUGUCAACACGGCUUCGCUGUGCCGCAUUGGCCAGGAGACAGUCCAAGAUGUUGUCCUCAGGACCAUGGAGAUCUUCCAGCUCCUGAGGAAUAUGCAGCUCCCUAAUGGAGUCACUUACCACCCCAACACCCACCAGGAUAGACUGGGAAAACUGCAGGAGCAUCUUCGCAUGCUUUCCGUGCUGUUCCGCAAGCUGCGCCUCGUCUACGACAAAUGUUCCGAAAACUGCGCUGGGCUGGAGCCGAUACUUCCAGAGCAACUGAUACCCUUUGUGGAAGAUGACGGCACCAAACAUGACGACCACUCGGCCGGCCAGAACCGCCCGACCGCCGAGGACAGGAGAGAAAUCCAGGAGGUCAACAAGAAGCUGAAGCAGAAGAACCAGCAGUUGAAGCAGAUCAUGGAUCAACUUCGCAACCUCAUCUGGGAAAUCAACUCCAUGUUGGCCAUCCGAAGUUGAGCCCACGCCAGAGUUUAUAAACCCGCACACUCGCACCCUGGGGAGAUCUGGACCCAUGAAGAGGCCGCAGAUUUGCUGAGGUGGCACUUUAUUUCCGGAAGGAAAGUGAAUAGAUGACAUGGUGUCACACCACCGAGAGAUGAAAAUAGGCAACCAAAAAAACAAACAAACAAAAAAAGCUCAGUGGUAAUAUGUUGUCUACCUCGAAAUUCGACAUUUCAAAUCGGUAUUGAUUUUAAAUUCAACUCCUUUUUUUUUUUUAAAUCGAAAUACAUGCAAUCUAUUUAAUCCUCUCAUUUUGUGUGACUAAUCAGUUUAACUGUCCUAAAUGUUUCAAUUCUAAUCAACUCAAGUCUUGAAAUGAGGCAAGCAUAUAUGUGGUUAAUUUCUGACAUUUUAUUGAUUUUUAAAACUUAAAAUUUCAAUGUAUGUAAACGCCAACACUUGACCAAAUUAAAAAGAUUGAAUCAAUAAAUUUAA